GGUACAUGUCAUCAACAAGCAGAUGCCACUGUCUAGCAAAUUAAAGACUGCUCGUCACAGGGAGCGUGUCAAUGCUGACCCUGCAGCAAGAGCUGAGUACCUUGCCAGGAGAAGAGAGAGCUACCAGAGAAGAAAGCAACAGGGGAAGAUUUGCUAUGUAAAAUCAAGUGAGCUGCAAGAGAGAGAGAAAAAGAAGCAGAGAGAGAAAUGGAAGGCUGCAUCCAAGGCAUACAGGGACAGAAAAAAGAUGGCUAACCCGGUAUUAGACCUCACCCCGCCAUCUAUGGAGAGUAAUCCACCUGCUCUCUUUGAUGUAGUUGUAGCUCCAGAUGUAGUUGUAGCUCUGCAGGGAAAUGUAGAUCUAGUGGACCCAACACUAAAUGAUGAUUUUAGUCCACCAGUUGUGUCCACACCAAUGAGAGAAGAGAGAAAGAGUUCAAGCCAAAAACUUUGCAGAAGAUUACAGAAGGAGAAGAGAAUACUUAAAAUACAAGUCUUGCGUCUGAGGAAACAGCUGAUGGAAAUGAGAAAACUAAAAGAAAAAAGUAGAAAGUGUGCGAUGAGAUUGAUGGAAAAGCAAAAACAAGCAGUGAGUGAGAAGAUCAAGCAAAAGGCACAUAGGAGACUGGCUGCUGAGAGAAAACAAGCGGUUACACAGUUUUUGUCCAGAGAUGAGAACAGUUUCCUUUUACCUGGGAAAAAAGACACCAUCACAAAAAAUAAACAAAAAGUACAGAGAAGAGUUCUGACAAAGCCUCUCACUGAGCUUCAUAAACUAUAUCAGACAGAGGUAGAACAGCACCUGUCCAUGUCUUAUAGACAGUUCGCGCGACACCGGCCAAUUUCUAUCUCCUUAGUACUGUGCCAUUCCUGUCUGGCUUUGAGUAUGUAACCUGGAACUAUUCGGAAAGGUCACAUGGAAAGGGCACCCCAGACGGUAUUGGUGGUGCUGUAAAGAGGGAUGCUGACCGUCAUGUUCUCCAUGGAGGCGAGCUACAGACUCCGGAGGAUGUGUUUAAGAUGCUGGUUGGAAAGGCAUCAAGCAUUCAUUAUCAUUGGAUAAGCACAGAGGCCAUCAACCGAUAUGAUGACAUGAUUCCACAGAAGUUGACGACUGUGAAAGGCACACUGAAGAUACAUCAAGUUCUAUCCUCGCAACCUGCUCAAGUAACCCACCGUGAGGUGUCAUGCUUCUGCUGCCAUACAGAGAUGACUACAUGCCACUGCUAUCAGCCUGUUACAGUAGACCUGCGAGACACCACAUGCCAUACAGAAGAUGAAUCAAGUCAUUCAAAGCCAGAGCAGAACAGUCUUGCAGACACGGUUGGCAAAUUUGUAAUUGUCAGUUAUGAUGAGCUGCCAUAUGUGGGCCAAGUUCUUGAAGUUAUGGGAGAGGAGGUGAAAGUGAAUGCAAUGCCCCAGUCAGGCGAGAAGAAUUUAUUCAUGUGGCCAGAAACUGUAGAUGCCAUAUUCUACUUCAAACAAGAUAUCCAGUCCGUCAUAUCAGAGCCUGAGCCAGCAACCUCUCGCUGGUCAAAGCUGAGCAAUGAAGACUGGGAGAAAUUCCAAAGCAGCUGGGGGUGAAAAAUCAACAAGACAAUUUUCACAAAGUCAGAAGUUCAUAAGUGUUAAUGUUUAUUAAAAUGACUGGGACAAUGAAAAUCAAAUGUUGAAAAAAAACAAGUGUUCCAAAAGGCUCAAGAAGAAAUGAAAAGGAAUAAAAUGUUUAUCUUUACUGAGUGUUGAUGUCAAUGUUCUGAAAAGGAAAACAAGAAAUGAAAUGGAAAAAAUUAAAUUUUUAGUGAGUC